AGCCAAGUGUUCUGAAGUUCCUCGUCGGCAAAGUGAACGGGAAACAGCUGGAGGAGGCAUUAGAAGAAUUUAAUGGCAAGGUUGCUAACUCCUCGCUGAUCCCACUACAAUGGAAAGGGUUUGCGCUGGAGGCACUAUGGGAUGGGAAGUUGAGGCACGAAGAGCUUUAUAACAAGACCGAGUUUGUGGGGCCGUGGUUCCAGAAGAGGUUAAGGCCCUUUUUGGCAGCAGUCCCGGCCGACAUACUCCAGUGCCUUCGCAAUGAGACCCUGGGAUGCGCGCAGUACCAGGCGAUAGUUAAGGGCUUGGAUCUGGAGUUCAACAAGAUGAACCACAAUACCCAAAGGGAAGUCUACGGUGCUUUCCAGCUCCCUUACCUGAAAGGGUUAAACGCUUCAGGAUCUGCAUGUGCCGAGGGCCUUAACACCAGUGCCGCGUGGCUAACCGCUAACUUUGGAAACUUCAGCAAAUACGCUGCCUAUCAAGACUUGGUCUCUCUGAACUCCAGAUUUCAUGGCCUCGAGAUGCUCAGUCGUUUGACCGUGAAGCAGCGUGCGCAGUUGUCAGCCACCUUGCAGUCCCCAGAAGAUGUUCAAAAACUGAUGCGUUUUGUGACCACCUCAACAGUCACCGAGUACAUCGAUGAACUGGACCGACAGUUCAGGCGGGCCAACGUGAGUCUGGAGGGGGGCGUCAGAGCCACCUUGCUACAGCACGUCCUCACUGCAGCCCAGCCAAUAUUCCAGCGGGCAGAUGAUGCUGAAUUCCUACGGUGGAUGGGGCCUCGCCUCGCAGGCCUGAUCUCGGGACUGAACAGCACCCACAUCCCUCUCGUGUUUGAUGGCCUGGAAUCUAGAAACUGCUCUGUCAUCAAUGCCGUAGUAACCGUGCUUAAUGAGGCCAUCCCCGACUUUAGCAACACCACGCGACAGAGCAUUUACCGCCGGAUACUGCGUGUGACAGCAGGUACGACGCAUGGUGCCCGCAAAGGAUUCACUAAAUGUUUCCGGUGCUUUGACGAAACACGGACCUUUCAUUUGUGCCCUGUGGCAAGGGCCCCUCCUACCUAGGCCACCUCGGGGGCC